UUUUGAAUCUUUCUUUUUUGUUUAUUUUUUACAAAAUCUUAGUAUAUACUACGUCUCUUGUUUAUCUCCUGUAAGUAUAUAUAUUUUUUAAUGGUUAUCCAACAUCAGUUAUCAUCAUCAUUGUUCCAUUGAAGCCUUUAUAAAAUUUUGGUCGGCGUUUUGGUGAUCAUGCCAGCAAUUUUCUGUGGUUUGGCACCAAUGUUGUUUGGUCGCAAACCAUUAAAAAUCGUCCAGGGACUCAAAACCCCUCAGACAUCUAAGGCAUCCAAGAAACAAAAGGAAGCGAAAGGCUCCAGGAAGGAUAGUUCAUCUCAACCAGCAUGCAACUUCAUUAUGAUGAUGGAGCUUAGGAAAAAAAUUAUAACCUUUAGAGACAUCAUUGACCUACCACCUUGUAGUAACUCUGUUUCCAUAUAUCAGCUGCUGCUAGGGACAAUGAAAGAUCUUCAUGAGUUCUACCCUGAAAGCGUACCCCGUUUCCGUGGGUCAGAAUUGAAAGGAUUAGCUCUCGAUAAGGUGCUGAUUUGCUUUUGCAAGGCAUUGCAAGACCUUGGAGACACAUCAAAGAUGGGCGAUGAGUGGAUAGACAAAUAUAAAUAUGAUAUAUAUGAUAAUGACAAAUGCAAAAAAGUUGAUAAACUCGUUGAAAUUGCUGUGGCCACACUCAAUGGCUUGAUUAAAAUAGCGAGAGAGAAAUUUGAUAUGAUGGAUGAAGAUGACGAAAACAAAGAUUUCAGUCCAAAGGCUAACACAUUUGGAAAGGUCUUAAAGGAUUCUUAUUCAGAUAACAGCUCCAGCUGCCCUUCUCCAGCGUCACCAACUUCAGUCCUUCCUGAGUUGAUUAAUGGCUCCCCAAAAUCUCCUUAUUCCUCAUCUCUUCUGUUGUCUCUCAGGGUUCAAUCAGUGGGGAAAUUGAAUCCCAUUGAUGUGAAACGGCUGGCAUUACACACGCUUUCAAAAGUUGAAGUCCAAGUUCCAAGCUCUUUGAAACAAAAGAAGAUUAUGAUUGAGGAUCAAAAGGAAGAAGCAAAGGUUAAUGCGUCAGUGAUAGAAGCAUCAACUGUUGAUGAAACCAGAGAAGAUUCCAUCUCUCAGAAUGAGACAUUAGAGGAUUCACUUUCUAAUUCAGACAAUGCAUCUGGUGAAAGAACUACCGAUGGAAGCAAUACAGCACCACCAAAGUUCUCAGCAAAUGUAGCACCAACACCACCACCAUCACCGUCACAGAUGCAACCUCCUGAGUUGUCCAGAGACAUAGAAGUAGCUGCAGAAAAAUCAGCAUCACCACCAUCACUACCAGCAGAAGUUUUAUCGCCACCCCCACCAUCACCGCAAGCAAAGUUGUCUACAGAUAUGGAGAGUCAGACAGAUAUAAGACUACUUCCACCACCACCAGCAGUACCAUCCCCACCAUCACAGCCAACAAAGCUGUCUACAGAUAUGGAAAUAGAUAAAAGAUCCCUUCCACCACCACCGCCACCACCACCAUUCUUGCAGCCAAAUGUAGUAUCAAGAAGACCACCAUUUCAUCCACCCCAUCCACCCCCACCCCCAAUGUUGCAACUAAAUGUAGAACAUGCACAAUCAACAUUAGUAUCAGCAGAACCACAGUUGCACUUACCACUUUCAACGCUGACAAAUACAGCAGCAACUGGAAUACCAUUGCCGCGGCCACCACCACCUCCAACCCCAUGGAAGUCAAAUGUAGCGGCGACAGGAUCAACCUUUCCACCACCACCUCCAGAUCCAUUGCAGUCAAAAGUAGUGGCGACACGAACAACCCUUCCACCACCACCUCCAGCCCCAUUGCAGUCAAAAGUAGUGGCAGCAGGGCAACCACUUCCACCACCACCUCCUCCUGGAAGUGCAUUAAGAAUUCCACCACCCCUACCACCCAUGAUGCUUCCAAAUGGAUCAAGACCAUUGCCAACACCAGGUCCACCACCACCACCCAUGUCACUGGCGAAUGGAGCUGGUCCACCACCUCCUCCACCUUGUUCAGCAAAAUCCUUGCGCCCCACGAAAGCAAAUACUAAAUUGAAGAGAUCAAGUCAUAUGGGUAAUCUGUAUCGGGUUCUUAAGGGCAAAGUAGAAGGAUGUCCUGUGCAAGGAAAAUCAUCUAAUGGAAAAAAGAGUGGGGUUGGAAGCAGCUCCAAUGGGAAACAAGGGAUGGCUGAUGCAUUAGCAGAGAUGACAAAGAGAUCUGCUUACUUCCAACAAAUCGAAGGAGAUGCAGAGAAAUAUGCAAAAUCAAUCACAGAGCUCAAAACUGCCAUCAGCAGAUUCAAUACAAAGGACAUGAGUGAGCUGCUCGAGUUCCACAAACAUGUGGAAUCCAUUCUCGAGAACCUAACAGAUGAAACUCAGGUUCUAGCAAGAUUUGAAGGCUUCCCUGCAAAAAAGUUGGAAGCAUUAAGGACAGCUUCAGCACUUUACUCGAAGUUAGAAUCAAUGAUUACUGAACUACAAAACUGGAAGAUGGAGCCUCCUUUGGCACAGCUUCUUGACAAGGUUGAGCGUUAUUUCAACAAGAUCAAAGGGGAAAUAGACGCCCUGGAGAGAACCAAAGAUGAAGAAUCCAAGAAAUUUAAGAGCCACAAUAUGGAUUUUGACUUCCACAUUCUUGUACGAAUCAAAGAAGCUACGGUUGAUGUUUCCUCCAACUGCAUGGAGUUGGCACUGAAGGAAAGAAGAGAAGUAAAGUUGGCAGAGAAUGAAGGGUCCAAAGCCAAAGCUGAAGCACAAAAGAAGGAGUGCGCUAAAAUGCUAUGGAGGGCUUUCCAAUUCGCUUUCCGGGUUUAUACAUUUGCCGGAGGACAUGAUGAUCGUGCAGACAGGCUGACCCGAGAACUGGCUCACGAAAUCGAGAUUGAUCAACAACAACAGUAA